AUGGCACCCAAGAAGGAAAAGGGAGGGACUUCCAGCAACAGCGUUAAGAUAUGGGAACCCUCACUCAUCGCUACCCACGUCAACCAGAACGAUUGGAAGGCGUCCAUUGCUUUUGUGGUUGGGAACCAGACGGAGGACGAACUUCUCCUCCGAGCCCUCACCCUGGCCGUCCAGGCGCCUCAGCGUAAGCUCUUCAGUGUGAUCCUGUGGGAAGACAUUCUGCAGCAGAUCCAAGAGGUGAAUGUCCUUUUCGGAAGUGCAGCUAAGAAAGGGAAGAAGUCUGCCAGCGGUGCUGCGCCUUUGUUUUACGAGGUGCUAAUGGCAGCAAAAGCAAUUAUGGACAAUGGAGAGAAGUUAACCUUACCACUGAUAGGGAAACUCUUAAAAUUUCAGAUUCUCCAGAUUAAAACCAAAGACCAACAGCGGCGGGAAAACGAAAAGAAGGUGGUAGAAGACAGGUUUAAGUCUGAAAAGGAAAAAGGCAAAGGAAAAUCCCCCAAGGAGAAGAAGACCCCCAAUGCCAAGGGAGCCAAAGGAGGAGGAGGGGGAGGAGGAGGAAAGGGAAAGGAUCAGCCCGAGGCAAGUACAACCGUGAAAAAGACCACAGAGCUAAGGCGAAGGGGAGAAGAAGAUGACACCAAGCGCUACAUUGACGAUGAGCCAGACGAUGGUGCCCAGCAUUACAUUAUAGUUGUGGGCUUCAACAAUCCCCAACUAUUAGCGAUUAUGACUGAGCUUGGCGUUCCCAUAAGCAGCGUGAUUAAAGUAUCUUCAGAGAAUUAUGAACCUCUGCAAGCACACCUGGCAGCAGUUAGCCAACAGCAGGAAGCUUUUCUUCAGCCAGAAGAUGUAGAAGCUGAAAAACAGAAGAAAGAGAAAGCCGUCAAAGAACUGGAAAGCUUUUGGAAGUACUUGGAUCCAAUCCUGAAUAAUGAUAAACCUGAAACAAAUCUCUUUGAUGUGGCUCGGCUUGAAUACAUGGUCAACGAAGGGCACUUUCCUUCCGACUGGGCAGACAACGAGAUGAUGAUGGAAUUGGGUACCUUGAUUUUUGAAAAUGUUGCCUGUUUGAUGUAUGACAGCCUGGACUGGAAACGCCAGCACCAGCACUAUUUGGAAAGUAUGCAGCUGAUCCACGUGCCACAAGUGGUUCAAGAGAAACCUGUCCUAGAACCCUUACUGAUUUCCGAGGCUUCACAACCUGUUGCCCCAGCAGCUGGAAAGAAGAAAGCGCAAGGUGAAGAAUCACAAGCUCCACCACCAGUGACUUUUGUCAUCAAAACUGAUGUAGACAUGAGAUAUUACAAUGAUCUACUGAAUCCAAUCCCAGAGGAAUUCAUUUCCGUGCCUCUGAUAAUACAUUGUAUGCUAGAACAGGUUGUGGCGACUGAAGAAGAUCUUGUGCCCCCAAGCCUGGCAAAGUUGCUCCCCAGAGCAGACGGUUUAGACCACAGAAUUGCAGCUCACAUUGUGUCCAUCCUGCCUUCUCUCUGUCUUUCAGAGAGGGAGAAAAAGGAUCUCCAUGAGGUGUUCUUAUCUGAAGAAGAAAAUGAAAGCAAAGCUAUGCCCAAAGGUCCUCUCCUACUAAACUACCAUGAUGCUCUAGCCCACAAGAAAUAUGCCCUCAAGGACCAGAAGAAUUUUGACCCAGUUCAAAUUGAGCAGGAGAUGCAGUCCAAGUUGCCACUGUGGGAAUUCCUUCAGUUCCCACUGCCCCCACCAUGGAACAGCACCAAACGUCUAGCUACGAUUCAUGAGCUCAUGCACUUUUGUACAAGCGAGCAGACCACGGACAGUGAGAUCAAAGAUGAAGCAGUCACAAAGACUGAUUCAGUGGAAAAGAAACCUAAGAAGAAGACUGUGGAAGCGAAUUUGGAGGACAUCAAGAAAACACAGCAGCGCAGUCUCAUGGACUGGAGUUUUACAGAACACUUUAAACCCAAAGUGCUGCUUCAGGUGCCAUCGAGUCAGUUCUGGUUCCGAGCUACCUCUUGUACAACAGAAGGAAACACCACCACUAACCACUUAAGUAGUGGUCAAUGGAGGUUUCUAGUCCAAUCAAGUUAUUUGGAACUUGUGGCAAAAUCCAUUCAAGAUUGGAUCAUAAAAGAAGAGGCUAUUUACCAGGAAUCUAAAAUGGCUGAGGAUAUAGCUAAGGCCAAGGCUGAAGCAGAUUUAAAAUCUUCUGGCAAAGCUUCUUCCCCUAACAAAAUUAAUUCUCCUAAAAAGUCUAAAAGCAACAAAGGAAUCAGCAAAGUAGAAGUAUCUGAGAAUGAAAAAGAGAAAGAAAAAGAGAAGGAAAAGAUUCCUUUCAUUUUAGAAGGCUCUCUCAAGGCCUGGAAGGAAGAACAAGACCGGUUAGCAGAAGAGGAACGCUUAAAGGAAGAAAAAAAAGCCGAAAAGAAGAGUAAAGACACUGGUAAAAGGAAAGGCCGAGAGAAGGUAGAAAAGGAAGACGGUCAGAUUUUAAAGAAGAAGUCUUCUUUAAAGGAUAAAGCUAAAGAGGAGCAAAUGAAGGUCCCAGAGCCCACCGAGGAGCCUCUCCAGUCACCAGAACCGGAGACCGUUUAUCCGUUUCGAGGAUACAAUAUGGGAGACAUACCCAUCCAGAUCUCAGGGACAAAUCACUAUCUGUAUCCUUCAGAUGGAGGACAGAUUGAAGUAGAAAAGACAUCGUUUGAGAAAGGCCCAACUUUUAUCAAAGUGAAAGUUAAAAAGGAUAAGCACAGUUUUAUAAUUCACUUAAGAGACCCUAAACCAAUUGUGAGAAAGGAAAUGAAAGAAGAGGAUCAUGCUUCAGAAGAAGAGAGCGAAGGAAAAACGGAGGAGGAAAAGUCUGAAGCAGAAGGAUCAACUGUCAAGAAAAAUUAUAUAAGCAAAUUUGGAUCUUUUUCUGCCACCUUGGAAAAUGGAAUCUGCCUCUCAAUAAGUUACUAUGGCUGCAGUGGAAUGCCCCCAGAGGAUCAAGACCCUAUGCUGGAAACCAUGCUGAAUAUCCCUUCAGCGUUGACUCCAACGGUGAUCCCUGUUGUAGUAACUGUUCCUCAAGGCAAACAGAAAGGAGGGAAAGCAAAAGGCAAAGAAAAACCCAAAGAAUCCAUCAAAGAGGAGGAGCACCCUAAAGAAGAGGAAAAAAAGGAAGAAGUAGAACCGGAACCUUUGGUACAAGAGACUGUUUAUGUUCCCACCUUCCCAAACCUAAAUGCUUCUUGCCCCAAUGGGCUCCUGUUGACCUUUAUUGGGCAAGAGUCUACAGGUAAGUAUCUCUUUGAUGGGGAUGGGGAACCCACUUGGGACAUCAUGGUUCGACAGAGCUACCCGCAGAGGCUGAAGCACUCGGAGUUCUAUAAAACGGUGAUGCCACCAGUGGAGCAGGAGGCAUCGAGGGUUAUCACCAGCCAGGGCACGGUCAUCAAAUACAUGCUGGAUGGCACCACAGAGAUCCUUUUUGCCGACGGUGCUGUAAGCCACAGCCCUGAUUCCGGCCCUGUUUGUCCUUCUGAAAUGCUAAUGAGCCUUCACAGUACCGAUCUAACGGAAUCACCUUCGCAGCAAAAGUUGGACACCGCGCCAUCUGAGAUUGCCGUCACCAAGAAAGGAAAAGGUCACAAAAAUAUGUUAUCAAUGACCCAUAAGAAUGAAAGCCAUGAACCUCAUGCAGAGGCAGUUCAAACAGCAACUCCUGUGGAAGUUCACAUAGGCGUCUGGUUUACCACCACACCUGGAGGGAAUCGGAUUGGUACCAAAGGAUCAGAAAGAAUAACAGACUUGACCCCACUUUUAUCCUUCAAAGCCACAGAUCCUGUCAAUGGAACGGUUAUGACAACUCGAGAAGACAAAGUGGUCAUUGUGGAGAAGAAAGAUGGUACCCGGAUCGUGGAUCAUGCUGAUGGCACCCGAAUCACAACCUUUUAUCAAGUUUAUGAAGAUCAUAUUCUUCCCGAUGAUCAAGAAACAGCCGAGGAUCUGCAGACAGUCACCAGGCAGGUGAAGUGCAUGCGGAUAGAGAACUCACACUAUGCCACUGUCAUCACCAACUGCGAGGACAGUAGCUGCUGUGCCACCUUCGGAGAUGGGACAUCUAUUAUUGCAAAGCCCCAAGGCACAUACCAGGUGUUACCUUCAAGCACAGGCUGUCUUUAUAUUGACAGAGACUGUUCAGCUAUAUAUUACCAUGAAUCAAACAGUGAGCUAUACUAUCCUUUCCCAAAGCGUAACCAGCUGAGAGCUAGCAAGUACAUCAUGAAGCACACGUCAGAGAUUCUCUGUGAGGUCAUGGAUCCUGAGGGAAACAUUUUCCAGGUCAUGGCUGAUGGGAGUGCAUCAACUAUUUUACCUGAGCACACAUUUGAAGAGGAGAUGAAUUCAAAUACUGAGGGCUAUGACAGUUUAUCAUCUCUGCACCUCCAGAAGAAUCAUCUGCAAAUCUAUGGUGAACAUAUCCCCAGAUUUUUUGUUAUCUAUGCGGAUGGAUCUGGAGUAGAACUUCUUCGAGACACUGACAUAGAGGAAUAUCUCUCCAUGGCAUACGGAGAACCCAUGACUGUAGUUCUCCAAGAGCCGGUACAGGAACAGCCAGGGGCCCUGAGCAUCACCGUCCUGCGCCCUUUUCAUGAAGCAUCACCUUGGCUAAUGAAGAAAGAACUGGAUACGAUUGUGCCUCCUAAUCUCCAAUCACGAUCCUGGGAGAACUUUCCCUCUGUUGAGAAAAAAACUCCAGGACCUCCAUUUGGCACUCAGAUUUGGAAAGGCCUUUGCAUUGGCUGCAAAAAGCUCGUGUGUGCCCCAGCCCCUAUAGUCAAGGGUCCCAAAGUGCUGCAGGUCCGCCAGUUCAUCCAGCAUGAGGUCAUAAAAAAUGAACUGAAGCUGAGGCUGCAAGUUUCCCUAAAGGAUUAUAUCAACCAUAUUCUCCAAAAAGAAGAUGAGCUACAGGAAAUGACAGUUAAAGAUUGCAGAACCGAGGAGGAGCGAGGCAACGCUACAGAUCUCCUCAAGUUAGUGAUGUCUUUCCCUAAGAUAGAGGAGACUACCAAAAGUCAUGUCACUGAAGUUGCAGCCCACCUGUGCAAUUUAUACAAGCAAAGUAUAACGACAGUUCCAAAAUGUUUCCCGGAUCCGUUCACUAAAGAUUUCUUGGAAAAGCAAUGGAGGAAUAGGACACAAUCAAAGUCCUGGCAAGAAAAGAUGAAGCAAAAGAGGGAAGAAAUUGAACAAACCAAAAAGUAUCUAACAGAAAUUCGGAACAAAACAGUGCCACCCUACUUCAAAUCUGACUUGAACAUGUUAUAUCAGACUCAGUUUAAUUAUCUGGACAGUCUUUCGAAAAAUCUGCCGCCUGCAACAAAGAAAAAGGCCGCAGACAAAGUGCGUGUUGUUCCAAGUGCAUCUAGUACUCCUCCAGAUUCUAGGCCCCAUGAGGCUUCAGGACCAGAAGUCUCAGAUGUGUUUAACCCUCCAAAAGCAGGAGGUCCUGUGACAACCCAUGCAUCCACGAUCCAGAACCAACCUGAAGAUUUACCCAAGUCUCCCAAAGGCGUAGAAGAACAAGAACACCACAUGCCUGUGAAAAUCCCAACCCAGUCGUUGCUGCAGGAUGCUAUGGGGCAAGCAAGAAAAGAGAAAGUGAGGUUGCCUCAUUACUUGCUGAGCAGCAAGCCCAAAUCACAACCUCUUCCACAGGUGAAUGAUUCCGUCGGCGGAAAGGUGAACACAUCUUCCAUUGCGCGUGCUGCCAUCAAUAAUCCAAACUUAGCCCCCAUCGGGUUCCACCUCCUCCCAUCAUCAGUCAACUUUGGGAUUCUUAGAGAAGGACACACUUAUGUAACCACUGUCAAGCUCAAGAACAUUGGAGUGGACUUCUGCAGGUUUCGAGUGAAGCAGCCUCCAAGCAGCACAGGACUGAAAGUGACUUACAAACACGGGCCUGUGGCAGCGGGUUUGCAGGUAGACCUGAGAGUGGAGUUAUUUGCCAUGGCUGUUGGAGAGGACGGCGCGAAGGGAUCCGCACACAUCACUCACAAUAUUGAGAUUACGACUGAGCAUGAUGUUCUGCUCUUACCUGUGGAAGCGAUAGUUUUAACAGGCAGAAAUUAUGAUAACAGACCAGAAGAUUUUCCUCAGGGAAAAGAAAAUCCGAUGGUCCAGAUGUCUACAAUUUCUCCCUCUACCCUUGGAGUCUUCUUGUCUCGGAGAAUUUCUCCUUAG